AUGGAUUUGAAAGCUGAGGGUAACGUUGGAGAUGUUGAGUACCAAGCAGCUAAGACUACGAGACAAGGAGGAUAUAGAGCCACAUAUUUCAUCUUUGCAAUGAUGUUGCUGGAUAACAUAGGCUUUGUGGCCAACAUGGUAAGCUUGGUUUUGUAUUUCAUGACUGUCAUGCAUUUUGACUACUCUGGCUCUGCAACCACCACAACAAACUUGUUGGGUACUGCUUUCUUGCUGACGAUCGUUGGAGGGUUCGUCUCUGAUACCUAUAUGAAUCGUCUCAACACUUGCAUCCUCUUUGGCAUAAUUCAAUUGUUGGGAUACUCCCUAGUUGUGAUUCAAUCCCACGACCAGAAACUUCAGCCUGAUCCAUGUUUAAAAUCAAGAUGUGUGCAUGGCACAAAAGCUUUGCUCUUAUACGCUUCAAUAUACUUGCUAGCACUUGGUGGUGGUGGAAUCAGAGGCUGUGUACCUGCUCUUGGAGCUGAUCAAUUUGAUGAGAAGAAACCAAAAGAACGCGUACAACUAGCCAGUUUCUUCAAUUGGUUUUUGUUUAGCAUUACAGUUGGGGCUAGCAUAGGAGUCAUCUUUGUAGUUUAUGUCAGCACAGAGUAUCAUUGGUACAAAGGUUUUAUCAUUUCUCUUUCAUGUUCUGCUGCUGGUCUUCUUUGCAUUGUCUCGGGAAAGAGAUUCUAUCGUACCAGGGUGCCGGGAGAGAGUCCAUUGUUAAGUGUUUUACAGGUGCUGGUGGUCACAAUAAAGAAUUGGAGGGUGAAAGUACCCGUGGAUUCUGAUGAGUUGUAUGAAAUACAAAGUCACGAGUCUAGUUUGAAAAAAAAAAUCAUCCCUCACACUAACCAAUUCAGAGUUUUAGACAAAGCUGCUGUUCUACCUGAAGGCAUUGAGGCAAGGAAAUGGAAAGUCUGCACAGUGACACAAGUUGAGGAAGUGAAGAUUCUGACAAGGAUGAUGCCGAUUCUUCUGAGUACCAUCAUCAUGAAUACGUGUUUAGCCCAACUGCAAACCUUCUCCAUCCAACAAGGAACGUUAAUGAACACAUACAUUGACAAACUUAACAUCCCACCAGCUUCCAUCCCCGUAAUUCCAUUAGUAUUCAUGACCCUUUUGAUACCAGUCUACGAAUUUGUUUUUGUACCACUUGUCAGAAGAAUCACUGGCCACCCCAAUGGAAUAACAGAACUACAAAGAGUUGGGGUUGGUCUUGUUUUGUCAGCAAUCUCAAUGGUGAUAGCAGGGAUGAUAGAGGUGAAGAGGAAGCAUGAAUUCAAUGAUCACAAUCACCGUAUCAGCCUCUUCUGGCUCUCUUUCCACUAUGCAAUCUUUGGCAUAGCUGACAUGUUCACACUGGUGGGGUUGUUGGAGUUUUUCUACAAAGAAGCACCUCAAGGCAUGCGUUCUCUUUCCACAUCCUUUUCCUUUCUUUCCUUGUCCAUGGGUUACUACUUGAGCACAGCUUUUGUUGAGCUCAUCAACUUGGUAACCAGCAGGAUCGCAAAGAGCAAGAAAGGGUGGCUAGAGGGACGUGAUUUGAACCAAAACCAUGUUGAAUUAUUCUACUGGUUCCUUGCUAUACUCAGCAUGCUUAACUUUGUUAUCUAUCUGUUGUGUGCAAAAUGGUACAAAUACCAAAACAGUGCACCUUUUGAUGAUAAGAGCAUGUUGCACAAAGAUCCACCUCCUCGUAACCAUGAAAGCAUGUCCACUCUCCAAAACAUUCUCUCCCACGAAGAAGAAAGACAAGAAAGGUUCCACUGA